AUGAUGGCAACCCCGUCUGGGGCUUACUUGCCCACCCGAUCAUCACCUAUUCUUGAGCCAAUCGCCCAUUACCCCAGCAAUGUCGUCCCAGAAGAGCGGGUCACGUUACGCAUGGCGAUCCUCUUAUCCAAUGGAGUCCGCGUAGAUCAUCAAUUCACAUUCCCCGCCAUGAACAUCGCCAACUGCAUCAUCCACGGCGAAGGGGAAAUGUACUCGGUGGAAAUAACCCACCGAUGCACCUGCCGACGUCUACUCCACGAGGAGCUCGUCCGGAUGCUCCCCGGUUUCCUCCGCGAAAAUGACGUGUAUUGGUUCCGCACCAGGAACCCAGAGACAAACAUCCAGCACACCUGCUUAUUCGACGGCGCGGAACUCGAAAUGCAGCUCGUGACCUCGCAUGUCCCCGAAUGUGGCUUUUGCUUCGCGCGGCGAGCGUUUAUUGCCGAGCGGGAUGCCUUUGACCGGCAGCAGAGCCAGAUGCCUCGGGGACCGGGAUCGUCGACUUCCCCGCGCGACCAGAGUCUGAGCUCUGGGUGGACGUUCCGCGAACCGUCGGAUACGGAACGAUUACGGGUGAAUCGUCACGGGUGGGAGAUUAUGUUUGUUCUUCAUCCUGAUGCGAGGGAGGGGGCUGUGACGAUCUCGAGGUUGAGGAUGGAACUGUGUCGGCUGCUGUCCAUUGCUGACCCGAGGCGGAUCAUCUUGACGAGUGGUCCGUUCACCUGGGGAGGAGACUUUCAGGAAGAUGGCAAGGAUUACUACAGUACUUAUUUUGUAAAUGAUUUGAUCGUCGAGUCGCGGAGUAUGAAGACGCCGAGGGGAAGCGCUCUCAUCUUCAAGCGAUCAGAGCACCUGAAACGCCACGUGAGGAGGCACACCAAGGAACGACCUUUUCGCUGUCGAAUAUGUGGGGAGAGCUUUUCCCGUAAGGAAUUGCAUGACCGGCACCAACGCACCCGCCAUGGCGCAACUUCAAGCAUCCCGUUACCAGAGAUAGUAGAACCAGAGCCAUCUGCAGCAGCUACUUAUCCAAAUUCGUACUCGCCCGGACAUGUUGAUCCUUCUCAAGGCGACUCGUCGAGCCGAUCACCAUUCACCUCCUUCGUGGAGGAGCCGGCGGGUCCAGCUUUGCAGGCUCCUUUAGCGCCAGACACACAGCGACAAGAAAACAUUUAUCUGACCGGUCCUCCUGGUAGUCCUGCAUUCCAGGAAAAUGCAUACUCUGUGAUCUCCGAUCGGCGUCGGGACUCGAGACUCCAAACUCCCCUAGGAAGCGAGACUCCUCCCUGGUUGAAAUUACCCAGCGGGCUGGAGUUUGCCUCGCUUCUCUCAGCAUUGAAUAGAUCGCCAUUAUCUACAAGUCUUCCAACACCGCUGCGGCUAUGCACACCGCAAAGCGAGGCGAUCUUUGAACAUGAUCGGAAUGAGACUGCCCGCUUGGGGAUCGAGAAAGCGCUGGAGGGGCUGAGGAGUAUCAAUGUCGCAGGGGGCGAAGAAUAUUCCCAUCGCUUCAAGAUCCCGGAGAUGGAUUCCCUCUACCGGUACUGGCACAUGUUCUUCGAGAUACCUCACAAGAACCUUCCGUUUGCUCAUCCGAAGUCCGAAAACUAUCAAAUACCUGCAAUUGCAAUCGGUGUUCUCGCCGACGGUGCCAUGUACUGUGACGAACCCGAGGUCGGUCAGAUGCUGUUUGAGGCCUCCCGCCGCAUUGUCGCUCAUCACUUGAACACGCUUUAUACCCGGGAAAACAAUACGAUACCCAUCUGGAUCUUCACCACGCUCUUGCUGAACUGUGUCUUUGGUCUACCCGGGGGCAAGUCUAGUGAGAGCGACAUUACCCUUGGCAGCCUUGACAGCUUGAUCAACCUCGCGCGAGUUAUCGAAUCGGGCCCGGCAAUGGAUCUCGUCGAUCAGGCGUCCACAAUGGAGGAGAAAUGGCAGAGUUAUAUCGAGGGAGAAUCUCACCGCAGAUCAAUUCUUUGCUUCAUUGUUGUGAGUGGGUUGUGGUCGGUGGCAUACGAGCCCAUCGUCAAUGUCCUGGACUUUCCAUUCAGUCUGAUCGAAUUCCCCUGGUCGGAGACAUUGUGGAAUGCUCGCUCAGCCGUCCAAUGGCAUGCGCUCUAUCAGAACCCUCGAAGUCGAUCGCCUGGCAGCUGGUCGGAGAACGUGGAGGCGCUGCUGUUCGGUAAACCCCAGCCAUUAAACGGUCUGGCCUCUCUCUGUCUUGUAGUUGGGCUUCUACUCUACAUCGACGGGCUCCGACGGGAAGCAGUUCUCGACGUGGUCGAGAUCAACUCGUACCUACAGCAUGCUUUGGACCAAUGGUUUCAGAUGCACGAUCGAACGGGCCUGGAGAAUCUGGCCCUCAACCAUCUAUGCUAUCCCGCUGCAUACUACCUGCGCAUCUCCCUGGUCCUGGACAUCCGCCAGACCAUGGACCUCAUGCGCAGUAAGCAGUUUUCAGCCAUGCGAAAGGUACUCCGGGACGGUGAUUUGGUCCAAGCGGCGGCCUUUGCGCGAGCCGCUAUGAUUCCGUGGGUGAUCAGCCGCCGGAACCAAACGUCCAUGGUCGCUAUCCCGUGCGGGGUGGUUAUCACGGAGUGGGCGAUUGACGUGAUGGACAACCAGCCCGAGGAUUCACCCCAACGGGAAGUGCUUCGCGGGUUUGAGUACUCGAUCCGAGAGUACUGGCCUGUCUCACCCUUAGUGACCGCUGUGGAUGUCUGGAGGGCAGUUCGGAGAAUUAUUACCAAUGGACCAGUUAAACUUUACCACCUACGCCAGCCACGCCACGGCAAGACCUCGCACUGGGCCUGGAAUGACAACAUGCCCCCCGGGAAUGCAGCCAGCAGCCACUGCGGGAAUACCCCACAGUCUGGGGUAAAAGUUGGGACACCCUGCACUGCACUCUCGCCUUCUUCCUCAGAGGAUAAGUCUGCAUGUACUAUCACCAUGUACAACGCAACCGAAGCCGAUAUCGAGAAACCCACCACGAUGGGUGUCGAGCAUGUGGCCGAGACCCCUGGCUCCGGGUCCGUCAGCGAAAAACACUACCAGGAUGUGGAGCAAGUCCCCCACUUCACGCCUGAGCAGGAGAAACGCGUGCUCCGGAAGAUGGAUCUUCGGUUGAUUCCCAUGCUGUCUGUUUUGUAUCUACUGGCCUUUCUGGAUCGAGGCAAUAUUGGGAACGCAAAAAUCGAAGGAUUGGUGGAGGAUUUGGGCCUGACUUCGCGGGAAUACAGCUGGUGUUUGACGGUGUUCUUUUUCACGUACUGUGCGUUUGAGAUGCCCAGUAAUCUGCUCCUCAAGAAGCUGCGGCCGUCGAGAUGGUUGCCGUUUCUGAUGCUUGCUUGGGGGAUUGUCAUGACCCUGAUGGGCGUUGUUCACAACUAUGCUGGGCUUUUGUCCACGCGAAUCUUUCUCGGUGUUGCUGAGGCUGGUCUAUACCCUGGCACCGCCUACUACAUCACCAUGUGGUAUCCCCGAGAAAAAGCCCAGUACCGACAGGCUCUCUUCUUCAGCUCGGCCAGUAUCGCCGGUGCUUUCUCGGGACUUCUCGCUUACGCGAUAAGUAAAAUGGACGGAGUGGGCGGGUAUGCCGGCUGGCGCUGGAUCUUCAUCCUGGAGGGACUUCUCACCGUCGCGGUCGCCUUGGUCGCCCCCUUUGCGAUUCACGACUUCCCCGAAACCGCCACCUUUCUGACCGAGGAAGAGCGCCGCUGGGUGAUUCACAAACUGCGGUCUCAAUCCGGACGCGACACCACGCAAGACGGGGCAGACCACGAGGAAUCGCGCUUCCGCGUACGCUACGUGAUUGAUGCGUUGACGGACUGGCAGAUCUAUGUCGCCUUGUUCAUGUACUGGGGCAUCACGACCCCUCUCUACGGUAUCUCGUACUUCCUACCGUCCAUCAUCAAGGACUUGGGGUAUACGUCUUCAACAGCGCAGCUGCUCACGGUGCCGAUCUACAUCGCGGCGGCCAUUGUGGCAGUUGGUGCGGCCUGGCUGUCGGAUCGUCGCAAGCAGCGGUCCCCGUUCAUUCUCUUCUUCAUGUCGUUGAUCGCCAUCGGGUUCAUCAUUGUCAUUGCCUCCACCGGCCGUGGAGUGCCAGGGGUUGUCUACUUUGGUGUUUUCGUCGCGGUCGUCGGCAUCUAUCCUGCCUUCCCAGGCAACGUCACCUGGCUCAGCGUCAACCUGGCCGGGGACUACAAGCGUGCGGCCGGAAUGGCCAUCCAUAUCGGGUUGGGUAAUAUGGCCGGCGCCAUGGCAUCAAACUUUUACCGCGCGCAGGACGCACCCAGGUAUAUUCUGGGCCACUCAUUGGAACUGGGGUUCGCGGUGGUGGGGAUCAUUGCGGUGGUGAUUCUGCGAUUCUCGUAUCAACGCAUCAAUAAGAAACGGGAUCAGAUGGAUGUCUCGGGCUAUGAUAAUGCUCAGUUGGCCAGAAUGGGCGAUCGGUCGCCUCUGUUCAGCAUCAUGGCCGGCACCGGCUCCCUUCGCGGACGAGAUUGGAUUCACUGUGGCCUGCGCAUCCUCUUCUGCGCGUCUGGAAUCGCUCUUCUCGCCGUCACAGCACGCCUGGCAACAGGAUGGGGAGGAGACGAUGAGACACCCCGGAUUCUGCUUCCCGUUGUGCUAGCCACAGCUUCUCUAGCUAUCGUUACAGACAUCCUCGCUCUGUUCUUGCUUUUCCGGUAUAUUGGCUUCAUCACGGCAACGGCCAUUCUGGACAUCCUCAUCAUCAUCCUCUGCGCUAUCGGGAUUGCCUCCAUCUCCAUGGGGAACUUUUUCGUCUACUGGGGCCUUUACUAUCGCGAUUACAGGUUGGCGUGGGAACAGGCGGAGAUCAUCGUCUUUGCUUUGAAUAUUCUGGUUGCGUGGGAGAGAAUUCUUUCCAUCGUCUUAUGCUCGGUUUCUCGCAGGGGCCGAGUGGUGGUGGAGGAUGCGAAGGAAGUACAGGUGCAGAGCAGCUAG